AUGAUGACACUGACUUCUGUUUUUGCUAUCCUUUCUAUGUUGGUCUGGUGUUUCAACGUUCAGUCUAUCAAGCUUAGUAGUCUUCUGAUUGCUCGUAAACAUUUAGCAAUGGCCAUCAGGAUCUGCCAAACUUUCAACGUCAUUGGGGAUGUCUAUGUAGGAAUAAGAAGCACACGCAUCCAAGACCAACGCCGCCGAAGUGUGACACCUGCGUCAAAUCACGAUCGAAAUAUGAAUGCUUCACCAUCCAGCCGAUCUGACACACCCAUGAAUGAUGAUGAUGAUCAGGAUGUACUCGCUUUGCCACAAAGCCGCGCGGUCACACCCAUGAGCGGUUAUGAAGCUCCUCCCUCACCUGUUGAACUAGCUGCCCCGCCAAUUGAUCACGACGCAAAUAUAAUUAACCCCCCAGUUGAUCACAAUGUGCGCAUACCUCAUUCACCACGCCGCCGUUCACCACGUCUUUCUGUACGCCCUUUACCGCGCCGUUCACCACGCCGUUCACCACGUCUCGCUGCAAGACUUUCACCACGUCCUGGCACACCCCUAGUCAAUCACAAUCGAAACAGAAGACAUCGCCAUCAACGUGUUUGGCCCUAUUUGAUCAAGCGCAAUUUGAGGAUGAUCUCUCCCGACGAAAAUCCACGGUUUUGGCAGAAGGCGUUUACUUUAAGAGACGAUUUACUUCAGUUUAUGAUGCCUGAUUGCAAUCUCUGGGACUUUUUGACCACCCGAAAGGUCCUUCGCCAGCUUAUUGCACACUUUGAUCCUGCCUACUACCUCCGCCGCCGAAUUAAUAAGGGUGAGCUCAUCGAAAUCUAUCGGGAAAUUGUCAGCAGUGAGUUUGGAGUGAUAUAUGGCUGA